CACCUCCUUCCUGCUCUUCCCCAACAAGCCCCAAAGCCAUUAACCCGAAGACGGCGACAGACAUCCUGCCCAGAAACACAAGUCACAAAGGGUUCUACCGCACUACCCACAGGCUCCUCUAAGCGUCACCCAACCUCCCGCCUCCCCCACACCGACGCGAGUGCUCAUCCCCCCUCCCCCUCCCCGAUCCAAACUUCCCGCGCAACAGCAAACAGCCAUGGGAAACGCCGCCUCAAAUCUCGAGGACAUGGUCGCAAACACCCACUUCACCGCCGAAGAAAUCCAACGCCUCUACAAACGCUUCGCCAAGCUCGACAAGAACGGCUCGGGCACACUCACCAAGGAAGAGUUCCUCGCCCUGCCGCAGGUCGCCGCCAACCCGCUGGCCCAACGGCUGCUGGCCGUGUUCGAUAGGGACGGGAAUGGGGACGUGAACUUCAAGGAGUUUAUCUUGGGCCUGAGCGCGUUCUCGACCAAGGGGAAUCGCGAGGAGAAGUUGAAGUUCGCCUUCAAGAUCUACGACAUGGACCGGGACGGCUUCAUCUCGAACGGCGAGCUCUUCCUCGUCCUCAAAAUGAUGGUCGGCAACAACCUGCGCGACCAGCAGCUGCAGCAGAUUGUAGAUAAGACGAUCAUGGAGGCCGAUACGAACGGGGAUGGGAAGGUGGAUUUCGCAGAGUUUUUGAAGAUGGUCGAUGCGACCGAUGUCGCGAAGCAGAUGACGGUGGAGGAUCAUCGGAUAUAGGGUGGGGGGAGACGGAGAGAGG